UGCUAAACAGGAGAAACAGAUAAUCCAACACAAUCCUGUGUUUUAUGUUGACCAAUGGAAUCAGCGGCAUGACAUCAUGUUGCUGAAGCUUCAGAGACCAGUAAGAAAUAUCCGUCCUGCUCGGCUACGAAGCUGCAAUAAUCGUCCUAGAAUUGGUGUUAGAGUUCAGCUGGCAGGAGAAGGACCAGUGACAUCCAACCCUAAUGAUGAGCGAUACGAUGAGUUUCCACCACAUCUUCAGUGUGUCUACCUGAGAAUUAGUGGUUUUACCUUUAGGCCAACACUUGGACAUCUCGUCAUUGCUGAAGCACCAAACAAGGAGGCGUACUAUGGUGACUCCGGUGGAGGAGUGGUGUUCAACCACCAGAUUUAUGGUGUGAUUUCUGCUCGUGACGAAAGCUCUCCAUUUCGGAAACCAAUUUACAGCAUGGUUGUGUGUGAAUACAUGAAGUGGAUAAGGAAUACAUUUUAGGCCAAAAAAACGUAAAUUAUCAUGAAAUAAAAAAUUCAUCAAAUUUCCUCUCAGAUGUAAUUUUAUAGCUAUACCUCCAUCAGUUUGUUCUAUAGGUUUAUAGAAUUAUCAUAAAUUAAUAUGAUUAUAUUAAUUGUUUUUUCUCACCUGAAUUUGACCUCCCUAAUGGAGCUUUCUCUGCCUCUGAAAUGAAAAAAAUAA